AUGUAUGAGUUUCGAUUCUUCGACCGUACCCGCAACUACACCCACCGCUUCCUCCACUUCCUCGACACCCUCCUCGACACCCUCAUCCACCGUCCAAUCCAAUCCUUCCGCCGUCUCUACAAAUGGUACACCUACGACUUCGACAUCGGUUACGCCCUACAAACCAUCUGGGGUGUCUGGUUCAUCUACCUCCUUCUACAACUAGUAAACACCUACACCCCAAUAUUUUCUUUGACGGUUUAUGCGAUGUUCAACUCAGUAGAUGCCACUAUUCAAGCCGCGGAAUUCAUUUGUUGGUUUUUAAGUAAUUACUGGCCUGCAAUUAUCCUAAUUGCAUUGAUUGGUCUGGCGACGUGGCGCUACCAUUGUCAUCGACACCGCGAGACUCAUGAUUUGCUAUGGUCUUAUGUGGACGAUGAGGAUGACGCUUAUGUGAGUCUCCCUGUCAACGAGCCAACUGGUUGGGGGGAUUUGGAUCCGGAUGUCGACCCAACGCCACCGGAUUUCCAGGCGCCAACGAUCUACGUGAAGAUAAGUGGGAUGGUUGCAUUGAUCCCCGGUCUAGCAAUGCAUGAGAUCAUCACUCGUAUCAAUCAAUCGAUAAAAGAGAAGCUAGGGCCGUACAUUUGGCAUAAAGUCACAGUGGACACGCGGAUCGCCAUGGUUUUCGUGAAAUUUCGCAAUUUUCAAGACUCGACUUCGUGUUUCAAACGGAUUGAUGGAUUGGUGUUUGAUGGACAAACUGUUGGGGUACUGUAUGUCACUGAGGAGCGGUAUAAUCAAAGAUUCCCACCGACACGGUUUAGGAUUCCUAUUAGAGCAUGA